AGAGUAAUCACGAUAAAAAAAGAUGCAGCGACCUUUUUAAAGUCCAGUUUAUUUUCUGUGGGGAGACAAGACUCUUCGUCAAGAAGGCCGAUGCCAAUGGGUCCGGUGAAGCCCAAGCCGAAGCGUGUUCGUCGUGAGAAACGAGAACUCGCCUAUCUCCGAGACCUCGUGGGGAAGCUGGAGAACAAGGUGACGUUGCUGCGGUCAAAGCGACUCAAUCGGUUGAAAACCGGUUGUCAUGGUACGCUGAAUUCACGAAAACACUAAAAAAAAAAAAAAAAACUCAUGCUGUGUGUGUGUUUUUGUUAUAGACACAGGAAUUUCCACUGCUAGUCAUGUAUCCCCCUCUAACUCCGAGUUUUCUUCUGCGUGGAUGGGCUUGGCUGCUCUGCAGCUAAGGGAUAGAUCACUCGCGGUGGAGAGAAACCAGAAGCUCAGAUGCUCAAUCGGAGGAAAUGUCGACCUAGUCUGUAAGCUCCAACAGCUUACUAAAAAGUAUACUGCACAGGAGAGGGAGAUUUCGGUGUGUGCAAGUCAAGCCCACACUAUGCAUCACAAGUUCUGGGAUCUUUUAGCAAAUGCCGACGAGGAAAUAUUUGCAGAUCAACUAGCAGCUGUGGCAAGGCUUCGACUGGAACUGCAACAGCGAGGAUAUCAGCUUCCGACUACGGCGUUGAGUGUAAACUGGGGCUUGUCACGAGGCCAUAUGAUGGUAAAGCAAGAUGGAAACAACGGAGUUGUCCUUGAGAUGCACUGUGGUACAACAGUGCCUUUCAAUCUGGAUGUGGCAGCGCGAGCGUAUUGGCGAUUCUUUUGCGUCGAACAUGGAGAAAUACCAGCCGACAGCAGUGCCACAAGCCUAUCAAAGGGUACUAUUGCGAACUCGUUCUCUCUUCGACUGGAAUUUGAAGGUUUGGUAUCAGAGGUGUCGGGCAAGUACACUUGUCAAGUAAAUGUGGAUGAAGACAAGAUAACGAUCACGUGGGUCGAGCACGCAGAUGUGCUCGCGUUCGGCGGAGUUGUGUUCAACGGAUUGCAGUAUCAGAAGCGCGCGAGUAUGACGCUUUGCCGAGUACUUCGCGAGGGUCCUGGGAACCAAUCGACUUCGACGGUGGUCCACACUUACUUUCAAACUAUACCAGUAUUUCACGACAGCAUUGCCGACAAAUUGCAACAAACCCAGGCGUUUGUCGACUCGGCUUAUCGAUCUCACAGCAAAUUGAACAAAAUUGUAUGUCAGCAUAUGAGUAACCUGCUGUUGGAAGAAGAUUGGAAAGCUACGUUUGGAUAGAAUGCUGCAUAAUUUUUCCCAAAAAGAAUAGGAUAGUCCCAAGUACCUACCACGGCGCUGGCCAAGUCUUUCGAUAUGUCAUAUAGCUCUGGAAACGCCAUGUUUAAAAGGAUUUUCAGUGAGAUGUUACUCCAAGAAGACUGGAGAGCGAUGUUCGACUGCGAAAAGCGUUGAGCAACCUAGUUGAAAGCGUCUUGCUUGUCUAGAGUAUUUUUUGCAAUGGCGCUACGACACGGUGCUUCCGUUAGAUUCGUACCACUACUUCCACUCUGACGUAACAUAAGGUUCAAAAAAAAUAUUUCGUUCACGACAAGAAUUGAGGUUGUAAUAAUCUAAAAGUUCGAUGUUUCCAUGCCGAAAUGUCAACUACUGACUCAC